UCACGUAGUCCUUCUCCGCAGCGGGGACAAAAUAAUCCCUUCAUUUUUCUGAAGGUGUCGGGAAUAAUAUUUCAUUUUCCUCCUCCCCGACACGCUCUCCAGUGUCACCGCGCCAAGAGGAGUCUCGCCUGUGGCCACGUAGUCAGACAACCAGGUGACGAGAGGGAGAAAGGACAGCGAACUACAGCGGCUGCGGAGGAAUUCUGGCCGCGCCGUGAGACGCCCUAGGGCGAGGAGUGAAGGCGCCUGAGAGGGGCUGAGGGGAUUGUCGUGGGUGCCGGGGGCUUUCGUCAGACCCCAAGGCCCCGCUCUCCCCUGUCGUCCGCAGCCUUUUCAGAGUGAUGGAAAGCUUGAUGACUGCUUCCACCCUGCCACCCCUCUUUGCAGACGAAGAUGGCUCCAAGGAGAAUAAUGACCUGCCUGCAACUGGGUUAGCCCACCCGGAGGCCCCUUACAGUGGUGGAGCCACAUCAUCCGCCAAUAAUCCAGAAUUUGUGGAGGACCUCUCCCAAGGGCAGUUGCUGCAGAAUGAGGCUUCCAAUGCAGCAGAAGGCACUGAACAGAGGCAUGAAGAUGAGCAAAGAAGUAAACGAGGAGGAUGGUCCAAAGGAAGAAAGCGGAAGAAACCUCUUCGAGACAGCAAUGCACCGAAAUCCCCCCUUACAGGGUAUGUGCGCUUCAUGAACGAACGCCGAGAGCAACUUCGGGCAAAGAGGCCAGAAGUCCCUUUUCCAGAAAUCACAAGGAUGUUAGGCAACGAGUGGAGUAAACUGCCUCCUGAGGAAAAGCAGCGCUACCUUGAUGAGGCAGACAGAGAUAAGGAGCGGUACAUGAAGGAGCUGGAGCAGUACCAGAAGACAGAGGCCUACAAGGUCUUCAGCAGAAAAACCCAGGACCGGCAAAAAGGCAAAUCCCAUCGGCAAGAUGCAGCCCGACAAGCCUCUCACGACCACGAGAAAGAAGCAGAGGUGAAGGAGCAGCGGUCUGUUUUUGACAUCCCUAUAUUUACAGAAGAAUUCCUGAACCACAGCAAAGCUCGGGAGGCGGAACUCCGCCAGCUUCGGAAAUCCAACAUGGAGUUUGAGGAGCGGAAUGCUGCCCUGCAGAAGCACGUGGAGAGCAUGCGCACGGCUGUGGAGAAGCUGGAGGUGGACGUGGUCCAGGAGCGGAGCCGCAACACGGUCCUGCAGCAGCACCUGGAGACGCUGCGACAGGUGCUAACCAGCAGCUUUGCCAGCAUGCCCCUACCUGGAAGUGGAGAGACUCCGACAGUGGACACCAUUGACUCCUAUAUGAACAGACUGCACAGUAUUAUUCUAGCCAAUCCCCAAGACAAUGAAAACUUCAUAGCCACAGUUCGAGAAGUUGUGAACAGGCUUGAUCGUUAGGGAAUGGUCUCAGCGCUCCGAAUUGUUCUGUAAUUGUUUCGCUUGUGAGGCAUGAGAAGCCAUUGGUGGAAAUGUGAACUAAUUGGAAGCCGAGAAGGGACCCCUUUGCUUGUGCAAGAGCUCUCUGAGCCGUCUUCCCCUAGGAGCCACCUGGACAAGCGACAGGAGAGACCUGUACACGAACUUCCUAUGGACCCCUCUUUGUGUGACACCUUCACUGGGCCAGCCCCUCCCAAGGCUGCAACAAGAAGGAAGGCCUCCCAUCAUUACGGUUCCAGUUGGGCUCUUGUGUUGGCCAGUACCCGUUUUCUUACCUAACUGUCCCUAUUGUGAAUGUCCCUGUGGAGCGUUGGGGGGUAUUACCUUCCUUCUUCCCAUCCCACCACAUUAUCCAGUUCCAGUCUCUGACCUCUGGGCUCUGUCGCCAUGUGGGGUUCUGAAGGAGGGAGUCUCUCCUUGCCUGGCCAGGUCUCCUCCCAUUGUCACCCUAAUGGGACUUCUUGCUGACAGUGUCCUGUGACGUAUGUGGCUCAGUUUCCAGCCUGCACAGUGGGCAGUAUGUGCCAGCCCUGCUGGAGGAUGUUCCCACCGCCCCGUGCUGCCUGCUGCUCUCUGCGCAUUGCUCCUCCCUCACAGGCACGAGGUCCAGGCAGUGAGGUCUCCUGUCCCCAUCUGUGGGCCAUGGCUUGCGGAGCAUUUUUACUGAGGAGAAGGUCAUUGGCAAACAGGAGAGAGAGGAAGAAAGUAGUUUCUCACUUGGCAUUGCAGAAGAGCCCGGCAUUUCUCCAAGUGAAAACCGAGGGCAUCCCCAUGCUCAUUUGCCUGGAUUCAGACAAGAGGAAAGUCAACCACAGCCACAGCUGACAGGGAGCUGACAGGAGGAGCACCUGGAAUUCUACUCGCCCCUCAUCUUCUUCCCAAGUUCCUUCCUUGGAAUCUGGCUGGGAAAAUGGGCAACCUUUUCCUGUCCCUCCUAACCAUGGGGUUUUUGUUUUCAGCAACAGAGGGGAAUAGAGAUUGGGCUUCUCCUCUGGGCUUUUCCUUUUCUGAUGUUUUAGCGCCCAAAGCUGAGGUGGCAGCUGAGAUCUUUGGAAGCGUGGCCACACAACAGGCCUGUACAAGCAGGGUGCCAGCGGAAGCUGCCUGCCUGGCAGCCGCCUUCCCUCAGCCUCUACUCACCGGUGUAUUUGCCACUCGAGAGGAGCAGCCACUGCAGAGUGGCCUUUCACUGCAGCCUUUGGGAAACCCAUCACUGUCCACGCACCGAAGCCCCUAUACCAUCUCUUGGCAGUCAGAAUAAGUCCCCACCAUGACCUCCUGUCCUAUACCUGGCUGACUCUUUCCCUGAUCUUAUCUCCUGCCACUUGGCUGAGAUGCUUCACCUACAAAGUCCAUGCUAGAACUCGCUGUGACAGAAGGGCGUCCACAGUGGUCCUACAGGCUCAUGCCUGCCGCCGGAGGCUGAUUUCCAUGCGCUCUCCCUCGCUCCUCGUGAUUCUCUCUGUUUCUCAUGUAUGUGCAGUCUUGCGUGCCUUUGUCAGCACUCUUUUUAUGAUCAGUACAGGCUCUCACUUGGUCUAAAACUCACCCUUCUCUGAUCAUAGAGGGGACACCCCACAAUGACUGGAAUAUUUGCAUAUUCAGGAAUGUAUGAGACCCCUGCAAAACUAAAUGAUUUCUGCAAAGUAAGCAACUUGCUUUCAAAGUGCUGGCUCUCCCACUAGCUUGCCCUUCCUUGCUGGUGGCUGGGACUCAGCUGUCACAAACCACUGGGUUCUGCAGAACAGGUCUGGCCACCUGCACAGUGGCAGAGAGGGUCCAGGCCAGCACAGCCCCCCAGGCCUGGAUUCACCACCCUUACAUGGGCUCUGCCCAUUCCCAGUCACGGAUUUCUCUGUAAAACACAAGGAACAGCUGCAGAAAGGGGAGGCAGGUUGUAUUUCUGACACAUUUUAGGAAAUUAAAUUGUAUACAUGUGUUUGAAACUGUUGAAAUGCCAACUUUUCCAUACAAGUGUUUUAUAACUGAACUUUGGGUUUUUUUUUUUUUUUGGUUUUUUUUUUUUUUUUUUUUUUUUUAGUUGAUGUGCUUGCCUGGCAUUUGUCUCAUUAAAACUUUUCUAUGUGAGCCCAA